AUGGCCUCCAUGAUCACCCGCCGCUUCUUUUCCACGACUGUCCGUCGCAUGACCGUGGACACCGCCUCCAAGCAGGAGCUCCAGUCCGAGUCCAAGCGCAACCCCGAGAUUUAUAUCCUCGGUGGAGUUAUGGUCGCCGCUCUGGGCGGUGCCGGCUUCUACUUCGGCCGAUCUCCCACCGUCGCCACCUCUGAGUCUCCCGUCAACGUCGCCAGCAUGGCCUGGGAAGGCGAUGGCCAGGGCAAAUACAAGUACCACCCCGGCGGUGACCCCAACGCUACUCCCCGUGACGCUCCCAGCGCCCUCAACGUUGUCAUCAUCCCCAACGUCACUGCUCCCAAGGAGUACCACGACAAGUUCAACAAGUGGGGCAAGGAGGGAUACCCUUAA